UGCUCCCCCACCGCCAAACGCUUGGGGCUUGAAAUUUCGUUCAGAGGGCUUACAUUUCCGCCGUUCGUUUGUUUACUUUUCGCGGAACCGAAACGAAAAACCGGCGAAAAUAUGUCGCAGAUGUCCGACGAACAAUUUCGCAUACUCAUCGAAACGAUUCGAUCCCUGGCACCGAUCAAAGAUGAGCAACCGCCUUCAAAGGGGAGCUUCAGUAAUUGUACGGUGAGAUUCAGUGGCCAGCGAGAUCAUGAUGCCGUAGAUGAGUUCAUCAAUGCCGUCGAGACUUACAAAGAGGUAGAGGGUAUCAGCGAUAAGGAUGCCCUGAAGGGUCUGCCACUGCUCUUUAACAACAUAGCCGUUAUGUGGUGGAAGGGUGUGCGCCGUGAUGCCAAGACCUGGCCAGACGCACUGCAACUUCUGCGAGAUCACUUCUCUCCCACCAAACCGUCCUACCAGAUUUACAUGGAGAUAUUCGAGACGAAACAGUCCCAUGGCGAGGUCAUAGACUCAUUUGUUUGCAAGCAGCGUGCCCUGCUGGCCAAGUUGCCAGACGGACGACAUGACGAAGAGACUGAGCUGGACUUCAUCUUCGGGCUUAUGCAGCCCAAAUACCGCGAGAGCAUUCCCCGGCACGAGAUCAAGACCUUUCGGGAACUACUCGAAAGGGGGCGAACUGUGGAACGAACCAAGCACUGAAGUUGAACUUAAGUUAGUUAGAUGCAAAGAUAUACAUAAAUAUACAUAUAAUAGAAAAAUAAAACAAUUUAAUCUUAUAAUAACUUGAUUUUUUUA